AAUAAAUGGCAACUAUAGUACCUAUAAACGUCGACCUGAAUAAGCUAUUUGAAGCAAAGCUAACUUACGGAUUUGAUCCUCUGAAAGAAGCAAUUGAGGGUUUGCUUAGAAAUCAAGAAUUGCAUAAUAAAAUGAUCCAGGAUCUUGUUGAGGAGCAAAAGGAAAAUUCAUUAACUAAAAAUCAGAACAAAGAUCUUUUAGAGAAGCUAAAUUCUCAAAAUGAUAAAAUUGAAAAUCUGGAGAACAACUUGAAAGACCAUGAAGACCGUAUCAAACAAUUGGAGGAUAAAUCAGAUGACCACGAAAAUCGUAUUAAGGAGCUUGAAGAGAAGCUUGAAAAUAGCAAGACUCACUAUGAUUACUCACAGACUGUUGUAAACAACGGUAAACAGAGACCAGUAGGCGAAGAACUCGAAAAUGAACUUAAACAUUUACUCUCAAGAGUAGACAAUACUGAGAAGAAUUUAGAAAAAUUGCUCAAAAAGAAGAGUGAUUUUAACUCUACGGUUCCAACUUCAGAAACCAUAGACAAUGAUGAUGAGGAAGACACUCGUGAGUCACUCGAAAACCAACUGCAGCUUAUCAAGACAAGACUCUCAAGGGUUGAAGAUUCCAAUAAUGAGCUCAAAAAUACUAUCAAAAAUUCCUCUGAUGAAAAAGAGGACGGAGAUGAAUCAGUAGACAAAAGCUACGCAGAUGAAGUAGACAAGAAUAUUCAAGAGCUUAGACAGAAGAUUAAAGAGAUUGAAGAGAAGCUUAAGAAGUUGAGGGAAAGCAAUAGGCCUAGCAAAAUGACCUCUUCUUCAGACACUAAAGGAAGCGAUUAUACUAAUGUCAUCAUUGACCUUAGUGAAAGAGUAGAAGCUCUUGAGCAAUCAAAUGAGAAGACUAUUGAAAGAGUUGAUGACCAUAACGAGAGGAUUGAAAAGCUUGAGAAGGAAACAGACAGCAACAAAGACAAGAUCAUGAAUAAUAAAAAUGACAUUAAUGAGCUGAAAGAUACGAUUGUUGAUAAAGUUGAUGCAGACUUGUUUGAUAAUGAGAUAUCUUAUCUCAAAGAACUAUUGAACCAAAUUGGAUCUUCUUCUGGUGAGAAAAUUGAAAUUCCUCAGCUUCCUCCUCCUAAAGCAGGACUCAGUACUAAGGAUGCAAAUAAAUUGAAAGAGUUGGCUGCUAAAGUACCUGAAUUAGAGAGACUUAUCAAUGACAUUCUUGAAAGACUUGGAAGAGCUGAAAAUAAUAUUGAGAAUCAUGAUAAGAAUAUAAAAGGACAUGACAAAUCAAUCGAAGAAAUAUGGGCAGAAUUAGCUAAAAAGGCAAAUACAAAUGAUUUAAAGGACUUGUUUGAUAGGCUGAACCAAUUAGAGAACGAUCUUGAGAAAUUAGUUGAAUAUAUGAACAACAAUGAUAAAGGAAAGCCAACUGCACUUCCAACAAUGGGCAAAUCUGAUGAUAAGAGACUGAAGAAUUUAGAAGAAAAAGUUGAAGAUCUGAGAAACCACUGUAAUCAAAGUUUAAGAGAUAUUGAAAAGACACUUGAGGCUCUCAAUAGUGAAUUGAAGGGAACUAACAAAGAUGUUAGUGACUUGAAGGAUGACUUAUUAAAACUUAUGCAGAAAAUAAACAAACUUGAGCAUAAGGUUAAUGCUUUGGCUGACCAAAAGCAAAAUAGUGACACCCCUGUAGCUGUUCAGACAGGAGCUGAUGCUGACAAGCUUGAAGAUCUCAGAAAACAACUCAAUGAACUCAGGAACGAUUACAGAAACUUCAAGAAUGAAGUAUUAAAUCAAUUCAACAAUGUCAAUAAUGAGUUAGAUAGGAAAGCAAACCUUGAGGACUUAGAGAACUUAAAGAAACUAUUGAAAAAUAAAUUAGAAGAUUUAGAGAAAGCUCUAAAUAAGACAAAGAAUGAUUUAAAGAGAGCACUUAGAAUUCUGAACGAUAAGAUCGCCAGAGGGGCAGAAGCAAGUCAACCUAAAGAGGAUAGAGAUGAUGCUAUGUUCUCAAAGAAGCCUCUCCAAGGAGUCAGCUGUGCUUCUUGUGAUAAGAACGUAGUGAACCUUCAAGGCCUUCCAGCUGAUUUCUACAACUGGAAGAAACUUCCUCAAUCAAAAGAUAGAAUUCCGAUGAUGGGACAAGGAUUCUCAAGAAUGCUCCAAUCCAUCAGUAAUGAGUACCUUGCACCAAGCCACUCUCCUGUAAAGACAUCUUACAAUGGAUUUAAAGAGGACUCAGUAGCCUCAGGAAGAUCAAAUCUAAAGAGAAGACCAGGAAGCGGAUCUGGAGGAGCAAAUAUGCAAGUUGAUGAUAUCGAGACUGAAGCAGCCAGCAAGAUGCUACCAAGCAUUAACCAAGGUAAAAACUAAGUCAUAAAUCAACUUAUUGGCA